GUUCCCGGUCAGGCUGCUCGGAACGUACGUCACUCGCUGCUGGUGUCAGUCAAUGACGAUACAGCAACUUCAUCUUGGCCAACGCUCAGGUAUCCAAAGGCUUCCCUAUCGUCUAUUGCUCUGAUGGAUUCUGCGAGCUCACCGGCUUCUCCAGGGCGGAGGUCAUGCAAAAGAGCUGCGCCUGUAAGUUCCUCUGUGGACCCGAGACCAGCGAAAGCAUCGUCCUCAGCAUCGACGAGGCCUUGGAGGAGCGCAAGGAGUUUAAGGACGAGAUCAUGUUCUACAAAAAGACAGUGGCUCUGUUUUGGUGCCUGCUGGACAUCGUACCAAUCAAGAAUGAGAAGGGCGACGUGGUGCUUUUCCUGGCCUCAUUUAAGGACAUUACCGACACGAAAGCCAAAGCCAUCCAAGAGGACAAGAAGGAAGAGCGACGGCGUGGCAGGGUGAAGACGGGCGGCCCCUUUAGCUCAGCUCACAAGGGGCGCAGCACAGUGCUCUACCACAUCUCUGGACACCUCCACAGCCGAGAGAAGAGCAAGAUCAAGCUCAACAAGAACGUGUUUGGUGACCCGCCAGCUCUGCCGGAGUACAAGGUAGCGGCAGCCAAGAAGUCCAAAUUCAUCCUGCUCCACUACAGCACCUUCAAGGCUGGCUGGGAUUGGCUCAUUUUGUUAGCCACCUUCUACGUUGCCGUGACUGUGCCGUACAACGUGUGCUUCAUCGGCGAUGAUGAUGAUCUCACCCGCAGCACCACCGUCAGUGACAUCGCCGUGGAGAUUCUCUUCAUUAUCGACAUUGUUUUCAAUUUCCGCACCAGCUACGUCAGCAAGUCCGGGCAGGUCAUUUUUGACGCUCGGCAAAUCUGCUUUCACUAUCUGACCACGUGGUUCAUCAUCGACCUGGUCGCUGCAUUGCCCUUUGACCUUCUGUAUGCCUUCAAAGUCAGCGUGGUGUCUGUAGUCCACUUGCUGAAAACAGUCAGACUCCUUCGUCUGCUGCGGCUUCUCCAGAAGAUGGACCGCUACUCUCAGCACAGCACGGUGGUACUGACGCUGCUGAUGUCCAUGUUCGCGCUGCUGGCCCACUGGAUGGCCUGCAUCUGGUACAUUAUCGGCAAAAUGGAGAUGGAAGCCAAUUCCUACAACUGGGACAUCGGUUGGCUGCACGAGCUGGGGAAGCGGCUGGAGUCGCCCUACUACACCAUAGGCAGCCUGAACGGGACCAGCAGUGGACCCUCCAUCCGGAGCGUCUACGUGGCCUCCCUCUACUUCACCCUCAGCAGUCUGACCAGCGUGGGCUUCGGCAACGUGUCGGCCAACACCGACGCCGAGAAGAUCUUUUCUAUUUGUGUCAUGCUCAUAGGAGCACUGAUGCACGCGCUGGUGUUUGGAAAUGUGACGGCCAUCAUCCAGAGGAUCUACUCGCGCUGGUCCCAGUACCACACCAGAACCAAAGACCUCAAGGACUUCAUCCGAGUCCAUCACCUGCCGCAGAGCCUGAAGCAGCGAAUGUUGGAGUAUUUCCAGACAACCUGGUCAGUCAACAAUGGCAUCGACUGUAACGAGCUCUUGAAGGACUUCCCCGAUGAGCUUCGCUCCGACAUCACCAUGCACCUUAACAAGGAGAUCCUGGAGCUCUCGCUCUUCGCCGCCGCCAGCCGCGGCUGCCUGCGCUCUCUGUCGCUGCACAUCAAGACGACCUUCUGCGCCCCUGGGGAGUACCUCCUCAGGCAGGGCGACGCUCUGCAGGCCAUCUUCUUUGUGUGCUCCGGCUCCAUGGAGGUGCUGAAGGACGGCAUGGUGCUGGCCAUCCUCGGUAAAGGGGACCUGAUUGGGGCCAACCUGUCCUUAGAUGACCGAGUAAUAAAAACCAAUGCAGAUGUGAAGGCGCUGACCUACUGUGACCUGCAGUGCAUUAACCUGAAGGGGCUCUACGAAGUGCUGGACCUCUACCCCGAGUACUCCACACAUUUUGUGCAGGAUAUCCAGCAAGACCUCACCUACAACCUGAGAGAGGGCCAUGAGACACAUGUGAAAGCCCGGCUGUCUUCAACCCCCCUGGACGCACAGCCCGGCGUGAAGCGAAAUGGGCGGCUGGGGCAGGGAUAUCCGUCCAUCAUCGAGGCUCCAGAGGAACACGAGGAAGAUGAGAAGGAUGAAGAUGUGACCAUCUCUGUAUCCCUGCCGUCGGAGCAGAACCGAGUGGUGCACCUCCGGGACGCUGGUGCGACGUCUCCGCUGAGACGACCGGCCCGGAAGACCACGGGAGAGAUUUCCAGGAGCCCGCCGGCCCGGAACACCCAGGGAAUCACACUCACUGCGUUGGACCCGUCCAACCUCAGCCCGAGGAUAGUCGACGGCACAGAGGACAGUGAACAGCCAGAAAGCUUCUCCUUCCCCCAGCCCCGAGGUUGCCCAGCUACAGAACCAUCCAGUGCCUCAGCCGCCCUGACAGGUUCCCCCUGCAGACAGGACGGACGGAAGCAAGGCGAUGAAGCAGGCUUUUCAUGACCUGCUGUUUUGUGUUCCAGAUGCGCCGCAUGUCAGCAACGCAGAGCUCGCAGCUAAAGCGGAAGAAACUCGAGGUCAGCUGCGACACCUCAACCAGCAGGUGAACUCUCUGGAGAGCGAGGUGGCCGACCUGGGACAGCUGAUGAGGAGGAUGUCCCAGCUCAUGGAGG